UCGACAGCUUCAGCUUAGAAAUCCCAACAUUUUAACAGCAAGAGCGUACUUCUUACUUGUGGCGGACUAUAGAAAUAGAAAAUUCGUAAAACUCUCCCCGCUUUUUGAAUUUCUCAGACGAAGCGAGUGUUUACUCCAAAACCAUGAGUCGCCAGAAGACUGGGCGGAGUUGUAUUACAACUAUGGCUCGGUUUGGUUAGCUUACAUGAGCAUUAUCCCGGAUGAGGAGAGGAAUGCGACAGCGCGAUACACUGCUCGACAAAAUGCCAGACACUAUUAUGAGCAAGCGAUCUGUUUCUGCAAGAGAGAUCCUCGAUUGAGAGUUCAAAUUAAGAAGCAAACAUACAUUCACCUCAAACUUGCAGCGUUGCUUCUCGACUGCAGUUCAACUGCCGCGCGAACUCGCCACAAAGCCAUCGCAUCUGAUGACAUCAAAGAGGCUAAAGAACAUUUAGAUUUUGUGCAGUACCAACUUGGCGUUUCUAUACCACUAGGCACGCGUGUGCAACUUCUGAAAACCCGCUCGGAUCAAUUUUAUCGCCAAGGAAUAUACCAACUGGCCAAAGAAACAGCCGAGGAUGCAUUAAACAUUGCCAUCUCCAAUGAAUUUUAUACUGAAAAAGACAAUCUCCAGGAAAGAAUCGAAUUUUUUGAAAAACUCUGCGAAGAAAAAAUAAAGAUUAUUGAUGUUAAUGAUGUCUCCAGUUCCAAUAAUGAGACAUGUCCCAGUGAAUCUGCCCAGUCUGAUUAGGAAUUAAGAAAAUGAAAAUAGAAAUAGAAUAAAUGAUAAUAUAUUUAAUUGAAAUAAAUCAUGAGUAGACAUAUGAAAUAUAUCGUAUGCGUCAAAACAAUUGAUUUCAAUAUCCUUUCACUUUCUCCUUUCCUUUUGGUUCCGUCUUCCUCUAGAUGAGUUUUCUUUUUCCCCUUAACCUUCCUCGUUUUUAAACAAAAACGUUUAGCAUAAAGGAGCUGGUUAUAAAGUGCUACACGAAAGCACACACGAAAGCUUAAAACUAAAUAUUCGCAGUGAAGUCUUUACUAUCCGAACUGCACGACAGAAAUCUUAUCUUUUAAAGAAAGGUCUAGUCGAAAUGUCUAACAAGUUAAUCGAAUAACACAAGCGAGUCGGGCGCUUCGAUUUAACAUGCAUCUUUGAAGAUAAUCUUCAAGAACAAUUCCAAGAAAUAACAAACUUUGAAAUAUGAUUUGUUACAACUUCAGGGACUUUCCCUUUGACGAAAGUCUCUUAUGACUGGCUAUCAUGUUGAUUCUUCAUUUCAAAUAUUAAAUAAUUUACACUCGUGAGAAUCACGUGCCUCGAAUGUACAAACAGUAAUCACCAUUGCAUUUACAAGUGUUUUGAAUGCGACGUUCGUGGCGUUCCUCUCGUUAAUACUCUACUCGCUAACUAGAAAUUCCUUUCUCCGACUUGCCUUUUAAUAGCACAGACGAAAAGAGGUUGUCUUAUUCGGUGAAAAACGUACAUGUGCGUGUGAAGUCUUAGGGGCUUCAAUGACUACGCAAGUCAAUACCUAAAAAAUGAACUACGUCGCACCCCACGAUCAUGAAUCGAAUGACAAUAUUAUUUGCAAGAUCUUAAAAAUCUGACAAGAUUCUGGUCACAAAGAGGACUUUCCAAUAUGGCAACCAAACACAAACAACCCAAACCUCUACAUUCAACAACUGCGACAGAUUUAGCUCCCAACGAAACUGGAGCACCAGGUCAGCAUUCUUCUGUUUUGCAACAUAUAUUAGUCAAUGACGUCACCUCACCAACUGUUCAGGCAAGCAUCGACACGAAUACUGAAACAAUGACCUUGAGUGUUGACAACUGCAACAUUGCUAUUUUUGGCCAAUCUAGCACUGUACAUCAUUCUGAUUGUCACUUGCUUAGCCCAAAUCGAGGCGAAGGCGAUCUGAGGCAAGCAGAUAGCUACGUUGAACAAAUACAACAAAUGGAAGCAACAGCGGACAAUUCAGUGCAGUGUUUAAGUAGACAACUUGUUUCUAAAGAGGAAAGUCAGCAGAAAACAAACACUUCUUUCGGUGACAUUUCACUGGAUGUUGAGCCAUCACUACCUGUGAUAAGAAAGCGAGGCUUCCUUAACGGACCGCAAUGUGAGGAAAUCCUCAAAAACCUUGAGCUUUUACAGGACAAUGGAAAGUUUGAACACCAUAUGCGUUUCUUUAAUUUCUGCCUUCAACGAUGUGCGGGAAAAGGCAACAAAUACAUGGAAGUGAUGGCAAAUGAACAACAAAUUCAAAAUAGAGAACAUUGCAACCAAGUCCUCAAGAAGUUUCAAGUCCUUCAGGAAAACGGAAGGUUAAAUGGAGAUGAACAACUGCUGUCUCUGUAUUCCAGACUUUGUACAAAAAAAGAGUACGCUGACAUGGAAUUAGCCCUAAUAAUUGAGCAAGGAGUGUCAUUCAUGUACCACAACCAACUCAGCAAAAGCAAACUCUACUUCACUUCAGUCAUAAAACUGGGUAAGCAUUGCCAGCUACGAAAUCCGAAAAUUUUAUUUGCAAGAGCCUAUUUUUUACUUGCAGCUAACUAUAGUUCUAGGGCGAGCAAGGCCAGAAACGUUUCGACCAUUUUGGAAUGUCUAAGACGAAGCGAGGUUUUACUACAAAAUCACGAGUCGCCCGAAGACUGGGCCGAAAUGUACUACAAUUUCGGUAUAGCCUGGAUGAAUUACAUGAGCGUGGUCCCGGAUGACGACAGGAAUGCUAAGGCGCGAAAGGAAAUGCAAGAAAAAGCAAAAACUUACUAUGAACGGGCGAUUGCAAUCUGUAAGAAAGACCCCCGUUCAAGGGUUCAACACAAAAAGCUAACAUAUUGCCACCUUGGGCUUGCAGCCCUCUUACUUGAUUGCACCUCAACUGUCGCUCGAAGUCCAAUAAAAGUAAUUACAUCACAAGAUCUCAGAGAUGCGACAAAACACCUUGAUAUUGUAGAAUACCAACUUGGUAACAUUCCUCGAGGUACACGCGUGCAGGUUCUGAAAACGCGUUCUGACCAAUACUAUCGUCAAGGACCCGAAAUGUAUCAACUGGCAAAAGACACUGCCCAGGAUGCAUUCCAAAUGGCACGGCGCCAUGGAUUUAACACCGAACUGGAGUCGCUUCAAGAGAGAAUCGAUUUUCUCGAUCAGCUGUGCGAAGACACAGUGUGCACAGAAAGAGUAAAGCUGCUUGUUGACAGGGAUACCUCAAAUUCUGGCAGUGAUUCCAGAUUUGAAACAAGCUGCAGCGAAUCUGACGAGAAUCUGUCAGAAAACGGUUGAUCUGCCAGUUGAUCCACCCAGUAGCUAUUCUGCCCUAUCCCUCAACAAUAAUUAAUGAAACAAUGAUUUAUUUAUUGAUACAGGGAUAUUAUAAAUAUGCAUAAGUAUAAGGUGAAAAUAAGUAUAAGGGUUUAAAGGAAUGGUUUCACAACUAGGCGCAUGCGCAAACUAUCACGUUAGCCCAUUUGUUUCCAUUGUUUUUAAGGCAAUCCACGGACCGUCGCGAAAACGCUGUGGUAGAGAUUUCUAUUACAAUUCCUAUUUUAUGCCCUAACUCCCAAAUAUCCCUCAAUUUCAUUGUUUACCAACCAGUCGGCUGCUGGUAGAUAGCUUUUGAGUGUGUCCGGGUAAGUUCCUCACCCCGUGUAAUAAAUACGAGUUUUGAGAAUAAAUUCAGCAUAUUCUGCUUCACGAUAUUUUACGCCAAACCGUGAAACUAAACCGCCGACCGGUUAGCUCAGUUGGUAGAGCGCCGGACUUCUGUGCGGGAGGUCUAGGGUUUGAGCCCAGAC